UCAAUGUAAAGUAACAAAUACUUGAUUUAUACGUUAAAAUCAUCUUUAACCUAAAUUUACAAACAUGUUUGGGAAACACGUUAAUUAAAAAUAUGGAAGGCGUACCCCUUGACGUAGGCCAUUUUGUUGUACGUUCAGGUUUACAGGGAUUAUUUCUUCAGGGGCACGUAGAAGUGACUAAGAAAGUUACAGAUCGAUAGUCACCGCAAGAUUAUCAAUAAUUUUCAUUAUAUUCUUUUCACUUUGAAUAUACUUUUUAAUUACUAUGAUUAAUUAUUAAGUAAUGAAUAUAGACGUUACCACAGUAUUGUGAUUGUCGUGUAUAUCUUUCUACCGCGAACUACGAUCGUAAAAGUACAUUUAAUUUUUGAAAAACCCAAGCAAUCUUAUACUGUGCUAAUUAUAAGAAACAAAAAUAAUGGAGGAAAUAAUGGAAAUUGUGAAAGUUGAGGAUACGGUGUUAAUGAAAAAUACUACAUUGGAAAAUUUAUUUGAUCCGGAUAAUUCACAAGAAACUAUUAUAAUGUCUACAGAACAUGAUUCAAGUGAUAUGAAAGUUAUUGCUCAAGGUGGUCAAAUUAUACAAAUUGUAACAGAUUAUGAAUGUGUAACGUGUCAUCGUGUUUUUCAGUCACAAGAUAUGCUAAAAGAACAUUUAGAUAUGUGCAGAGAAGAAGAUGAUUCUGUGAAUAUAUUGCAAUUAAGUAAUCUCGAGAGUUAUGAUUCAGAGGAUGAAGAAAAAGAUGAUAAUUCGGAUUACAUUAUUAAUUCUAAUGCAGAAGAUUCUAGUUCCAGUGGUCAGAAAAAUAAUAACGAUAAACCAGUAAUUAUGCCUGUACCUGAUACUCAAUGCCAUUGUUGUGCUGAAGAUUUAAGCACAGCACACAAUGGUGGUCAAUAUAAAUGUCAAAAUUGUGACCUUUCGUUCAAAAAGAAAUCGUCUUUAGAAAGACAUACCGUCGUAAUUCAUUGGCAAUGCGAUUCUUGUACUUGUAAGGAAUGUGGAGAAUCGUUUCGUGAUAAAAAAUCGUUGAACAAACAUCGGUAUACCACUCAUUGUGGCCGAAAGGUUUAUAGGUGUGAGCCGUGUGAUACUUAUUUCUCUCGAAGUUAUCAUUUAAAUCGUCACAUAAUGCAAUCAAGUUGUCAUGGGAACAUCAUGAAUACAUUCAAUUGUCAAGUUUGUAAAAAGGUAUUUACCCGUAAAGAUAAUUUACGGGAACAUUUGCGCACUCAUGCUGGAACUCCUCAAAGACAGAAAAAACCUUGUAAAUACUGUCCAAAGGAAUUUUUUACUAGCCAACAGCUAGUAAUUCAUGAACGCGUACAUACAGGAGAACGACCAGUUCAGUGUGACUUAUGUCCUAAAACAUUUUUAUCAUCUCUUGCAUUAAAAAAACAUAGACGAGUACACACAGGAGAAAAACCGUUUGAAUGUAAAUUUUGCCACAAGAAGUUUGCUGCCCGAGAAACUUUAAAUCGACAUCAGAGAACUCAUACUGGUGAAAAACUUCACGUUUGUCAAUACUGUGGAAAAUCAUUCAUUCAAGCCGCUCAACUAAGAGCACAUAUAUUUCACCAUACUGGUGAAAAUGGUUUCUAUUGUGAUGUGUGUGGAAAAGCAUUUAAUCGAAAAGCCCGUUUAAAUGUACACAAAAAAUUCGUCCACGAAGGAGCAACACCGUUCACGUGUGAAAUUUGUGAAAAAAGAUUUAUUAGAAGAGAGGAUCUUGUUAAACACGCAUUGCUUCAUACAGGAGUUAAACCAUUUAAAUGUGAUAAAUGUGUAAAAGCUUUUUCUACGAAGUCAUCUUUGCAAGCUCAUUUAAAUACUCAUAGACGAGAACCACCGCAAUCGUGCGUUGAAUGUAAUAAAGUUUUCAUUCGACAAGAUUGUUUAAUGAGACAUAUCAAAGCGAAACAUCGGGAACUAUUAGAGGAUGUAAUGAACGAAGUUGAGAAAAAGCAUUUGCAAACACAGUUAUAUAACAUUGCCACAAUUGCUGCAGAAAAAACAAAAAAUGGAAAAUCCAGAAGACUUUCCACUGAUGAACUAUUAAAAGCUAUUUCGGAUCUUUUAAAGAUAUUAAUCGAUGAUGAAACACUUCAGCUGUUUGGUUGGCCUGAUGCUUCUAUUCAAGAUAUUCUAGAAGCUGUAAUUAGAAGAUGCGGCCAUCAGCCAUUGACGUCUGAAAUAAGUUUUAAAGAAGAAAGCAGCGAUGAUAAUGAAUCUAAUACCAUUGCAUAUAAAACCGAGGGUAAUCCUGGUUGGGCAGAUGCUAUGCAGAAGAUUUUGCAAACAAGAAAGCCAAAACGUAAAAAAACAAUAGUUUUGUCUAAGGCAAAAAAGUUAUUCGACGUGAAGAAAAAAGAAAUUGAAGAAAAUGUGUCAUUUGAAAUUGAAAAAGUAAAGGAAGAAGUAGAAACGUUUAAAGAAGAAGUUGAAAAUAAGGAUGAAAAAUCAGUUACACAAUCAAAAGAAAAAAGAAAAAAUAAUUUGGGUAUUAGGGUAAAACCAAGUAUAAUAGAUAGAGAACGGGAAAGAAUGUUACAAAAAAUAGCUACAAAAGGUGUAGUACAAUUAUUCAACGCGGUAAAACAACAACAAGGUGAAAUUAAUCAAAAACUAUCAAAAGCUGGCCCAUUAGAACGAAAACGGGAACGGGUAUUAAAGAACAUUGAUAAAUGUGCAUUCUUAGAUGUUCUUAUGGGUGGAAGUAAAAGUAUUCCAAUAGAUAACAAUAUUAAGGACGAAACGGAACAAAAUAAAAGUCGUAAACAAAAGGACCAGGAAACUUGGAACGUGCUGAGAGAAGAUUUUGUUAUGGGAACAAAGUUGAAAGAUUGGGAUCGAAAAAGUAAAGAAGAUGAAGAUGAUUCUUCAGCCCCAGAAGAUAUGGAUAGCGACGAUUAAAUUACAGAAAGUUGUAAAAUAUUUUUACCGCUUUUAAAAAAUUGAUUGAAAGGGAUGAAUUACACAUAAUUGAUGAACUGUAUUAAUAACAUAAUCUUCGCAUAGAAUUUUGAUGCAUUCAACAGUUACCCUAUGCACAUUUUAUUUGUAUAUACUUCGUUUUCAUCAUUUUCAUGGUACGUACAAAUAUUAAGCCUUUUACUAAACUUGCAUAUCGGAAAUCGUUAAAUAUUUUGCAGUAAAACAAUGUAAAAAGCAAAUGCAUAAUAAAUAGUCUGUACCAUGGAUUGCUAAUAACAGGUAAAAAAUGUUUAAAUCGA